GCGAAAUCGGCUGGUGUCAUCCCGAAGACAGAUUACUGGUCUGAAAAGCUUACUGCUGAAUCAUGGGGAAUAUUUUUGGUAAUCUGCUGAAGAGCCUCAUAGGAAAGAAGGAGAUGAGGAUUCUGAUGGUUGGAUUGGAUGCUGCUGGUAAAACAACCAUCCUGUACAAACUCAAGCUAGGGGAGAUUGUUACUACCAUCCCAACCAUUGGCUUUAAUGUGGAAACAGUGGAGUAUAAAAACAUCAGUUUCACUGUGUGGGAUGUUGGUGGCCAGGAUAAGAUCCGACCUCUCUGGAGACACUACUUCCAAAACACACAGGGUCUGAUCUUUGUGGUAGACAGUAAUGACCGAGAGAGAGUGAAUGAAGCCAGGGAGGAGCUGAUGAGGAUGCUGGCAGAAGACGAGUUGCGUGAUGCUGUUCUCCUCGUUUUUGCCAACAAACAGGACCUGCCUAAUGCAAUGAAUGCAGCUGAGAUCACGGAUAAGUUGGGCCUUCAUUCGCUGCGUCACCGCAACUGGUACAUCCAGGCCACCUGUGCAACCAGUGGUGAUGGCUUGUAUGAAGGCCUUGACUGGCUGGCCAAUCAGCUGAAGAAUAAGAAGUGA